GAAGUAGAUCCAAGUUUAGGGUUAGGGUUUCACCGAGUCAAUCAAUCUGAAAAUGGCGAUGAGGCAAAUUCUCAACGAGAUCAGAGGGAUGAAGGUGAAAGAUGCGGCGGCGCACGUGAAACCGUUGCUAACAGUGAGCAACUUGAAAACAUCUACACAGAGAGCGUUGGAUAAUUACCAUGUCAAAUACAUUCAAACUGACUCCAUCCAACCUCUCUAUCAUCUUUGCUUCGGCGGCAUGAUCUUCUCUUACCUCAUCGCCCUUCCAGAGGAGCGCCGUCACCUUGAACAUCAGCAGCAUAUCAAGGAGCACGGUGGCCACUGAUUGCUGCAACAAUCUGCACAUCAUAUUCAAGUGAUUGUGAUUGGUCUCUUUCUGGUGUUAUGGAGGAUUGGAAAUGGAGUUUGUAGAUUGCUUGUCUUUUCUUCUGGUUUAAACCUCAUCCUGUGUUGUGCUGUGUUGAUGAUCCACAUCCACUCUAAAUAAAUUGUUGAGAUUUGAAACUUAACAGCGUUUAUUAGCUUUUGAAUUAAAUCAUAAAUGUAAGCAAUUUUUGUAACAUUUAACAUUGAUUAGUGGCUGUCUUUCAAAUAUUAAUUUAUGCAAUGAAAAAAAAAGUAAUUGUUUGAUAA